AGACAGAAAAAAAAGGAGAAAAAAAAUUUGAUGUAAAAUAAUUUUUACUCCAAAACGUGCUCCCAGUAAAAACCGGUGUUUUAAAUUUUAAUAAUUUACCAAUUAAUCAAUAUAAAGUGUCAUAAUUAAAAUAACCAUAAAGUGCAUAUAAUUUAUAAUUAUCAUUAAUUAUUUAAUUGAUAUGAUAUAUUCUUUUUUUGUUGCUGAAAACCACUGGAUUGACUUUCAAUUCACCAAUACACAUGCAAUUUAUGUGUUGUAUAGUUUGUUAAGGUCUAGGGUUACUUGAAUCAUAUCAAAUUUAUUUAUUCUGUCACACUUGAUACAACAUAAUAAUAUUAAAUUUAAAUCCAGAAAAUUAAAACAAAAAAAAAAAGCCAUUUGAUUAUUUUUUUUUCAUUGCCACACUUUGGUAUUGGUGUGUAUUUUUUUUCCUUUUUUUUUUUUGAAUGUACAUGUGUGUUAUUCAGGUAUUCUAUAUACCUAUAAUUUAAGGGUGAGUUUUCAGCAAUUUGCAAGUCAUGUCAAAAUUUACUUGUACAAGGAAAAAAUCAAGCAAAAAAAAUUAACACAAAAAAAAUAUAAUUUGUUGUAGAUGACAAAUAUUUGACAACAUGAUGGAUUUUAAUUCGGAGAUGAUAAACAAUGGUGCUGAUGAUGUAGUACCAAUGACAAUAGAACAAACAAAUGAUGAAAAAAUAGUAAUUCUUGAUGCUGGAUCACAGUAUGGUAAAUUAAUUGAUCGUCGAGUACGUGAAUUAAAUAUUGAAUGUCAUGUAUUACCACUUGAUACAUCAGCUGCUGAAUUAAAAGAAAAAGAUUACAAAGCAAUAAUAAUAUCUGGUGGACCAAAUUCUGUUUAUGCUGAUGAUGCACCACAUUAUGAUAGUAAUAUAUUUAGAAUAGGUAUACCAGUAUUAGGUAUUUGUUAUGGUAUGCAAAUGAUGAAUAAAGAAUUUGGUGGUACUGUUAUACGUAAAGAUGGACGUGAAGAUGGUCAAUGUACAAUUGAUAUUGAUAAUAAAUGUCCAUUAUAUAAAAAUUUGAAUGAUAAAGAAAUAGUAUUACUAACACAUGGUGAUAGUAUUGAUAAAGUUGCUGAUGAUUUUAUUGCAACUGGUAAAUCAGAAAAUUUUAUUGUAUCAAUUAAAAAUGAAAAAAAAAAUUUAUAUGGUUUACAGUAUCAUCCAGAAGUUGAUUUAACAAUAAAUGGACGUAAAAUAUUAAAUAAUUUUUUAUUAAAUAUUGUUGGUUUAUCUGGUACAUAUACAAUGAGAGGACGUGAAGAACAAUGUAUUAAAUAUAUUAAAAAUAUUGUUGGUAAUAAAAAAGUAUUAUUACUUGUUAGUGGUGGUGUUGAUUCAACAGUAUGUGCUGCAUUACUACAUAAAGCAUUAUGUAAAGAACAAGUUAUACCAUUACAUAUUGAUAAUGGUUUUAUGCGUAAAAAUGAAACAAUAUUUGUUAAAGAUAGUUUAUCACAAAUUGGUGUUGAUUUACGUGUUAUUAAUGCAUCACAUAAUUUUAUGCAAGGUACAACAUCAGUACCACUUGAUAAUAUACCAAUAAUAAAUAAUAAAAAUACAACAAUAACAACACCACGUACAAGAUUAACUAAAAUAUUAUGUCAAACAAUUAAUCCAGAAGAAAAACGUAAAAUAAUUGGUGAUGUAUUUGUACGUAUUGCAAAUGAUGCUAUAAGUGAAAUGGGAUUAAAAACAGAAGAUGUAUUUAUUGCACAAGGUACACUUAGACCAGAUCUUAUUGAAUCAGCAAGUGCAUUAGCAUCUGGUAAAGCUGAUGCUAUUAAAACACAUCAUAAUGAUUGUCCAUUAAUAAGAUGUUUACGUGAUGAGGGUAGAGUUGUUGAACCAUUGAUAGAUUUUCAUAAAGAUGAAGUUAGACAAAUUGGUUGUGAUCUUGGUUUACCAUCAUCACUUGUACAACGACAUCCAUUUCCUGGUCCUGGUUUGGCAAUACGUAUAUUAUGUGCUGAUGAAGCAUAUAUAGAUAAAGAUUUUUCUGAAACACAAGUUAUUGUUAAAAUAAUGGCUGAAUAUGAACAAAUGUUACAAAAAAAACAUGCAUUAUUAAAUCGUGUUGAAAGUGCAACAAGUGAAGCUGAACGUCAACAAUUAAUACGUGUAUCAAGUAAAAAUCAUAUUGCUGCAACAUUAUUACCAAUACGUAGUGUUGGUGUACAAGGUGAUAGAAGAAGUUACAGUUAUGUUGUUGGUUUAUCAUGUGAAAAUUUAUCACCUGAAGAUGUUAUAUGGGAUGAUAUGUUAUUUUUGGCAAAAUUAAUACCACGUGUUUGUCAUAAUAUUAAUCGUGUUUGUUAUAUAUUUGGAAAAAUGGUACAUCAUCCAGUUAUUGAUAUAACACCAACUCAUUUAACAUCAAAUGUUAUAUCAACAUUGAGACAAGCUGAUCAUGUUACAAAUCAAAUAUUAAUAGCAAAUGGUUGUAUGAGUGCAUUAAGCCAAAUGCCUGUUGUUCUUAUACCUGUACAUUUUGAUCGUGAUGCUGCAUCAAGAGCACCAUCAUGUCAACGUUCAGUUGUACUCAGGCCAUUUGUUACUAAUGAUUUUAUGACUGGUACACCAGCUGUUCCUGGCAAAGAAUUGCCAUUCCAUGUCGUUGAAAAAAUUAUACGUGAUGUAUUAGCAGUGAAGGGAAUAUCACGGGUGCUUUAUGAUCUAUCAUCAAAACCACCUGGAACAACGGAAUGGGAAUGAUUUUAAUUUUAU